AUGUCUCAAGAGAAGCCAGAUCUUUUCUGGCAGUUUCUGGACAAUGUUUUAGAAGAUCCGCAAGCGCUGGCCAACAGUACAGACAAAGACGAUUAUAAUUUAGCAAUGCGGGCUGCGUCCUCUCUUCUGGGGUCACAGACUAAGCUCGAUCUGUUGAAGUUUUCGCUAGCUCUGCGUGCCUACUCGCCGGCGGUUGAAAUGCAGCAACAGAUAGCCACGAUCGAAGUAGGCACUUUUGACUGCAGCUACAUUGUUGACGUCAACGGAAAGAAGACGUGUGACAUCAGACACGUAGAAGAUCAUCUGUCGGCUGAUGGUGAUUGGAAACCUCCUGCAGUAUACUCCGUCGAUCACCGUUUUCUCAAGGAAAACUCAGGAGGCAAGAAAAUUAUACUAUAUGCCGAUGUGCAUAUCCCGCAGUUCAAGGAGGUUCAUUGUUUUCUGAAAAAUUUGGCAACAACGCGAGCUCUUGACUACAUUCUUCGUUUCAGCACGAAGAAUCGCCGUCCAAGCAAACUGAAAUUGUCCGGUUAUUCAGUCGAAUUGGCCAUCAAAAGCACUGAAUACCGUGCACAAGACGAUUCAAAAAUUAAAGGCGUGAACGCGAGCGACGGGGCUGAUUGGACGGAUGAAGAAGUGAACCUGAACGGCUUUAAUUUUCAGUUGCUGAAGUAA